UUUAAUUUAUUACCGUAUCUAUUCUUGUGUGAAUAACCGUUAUGUUAGAUCUCAUAGAUACAUGAAACUAUUUUUAUGGGUUGAAGAGGUUUUUUUCGUACCUUUAGGAACCGUGUAGCUGGAUUAACUAAUCUUCAAAAGACCGAGAUGGUGUUCUAUGUGGGUGUUAAAUUAGUUCAAGAUGUUUCGAAUUUUGAUAAAUCACUGAAGUAAAUGAGUCCCACUAGUUAUACACUGCUGCAGCAUAAUAAACGGGUUUCAUUGUUUUUAGCUGAGAAGUCGUGUAGAAAUAGGACUAUGUCAAAAUGACUGAAGUAGAAGAUGUAGAGAAGCGUGUAAAUAUAAAGGGGGUUCAUGUGUUUGUGGUUGCAAAUACCAAAAGGAAAGAAGACCAACCUAAACGGGAUACAUGGUCUAACAGAUUUGAUUUUGUUAUAUCGUGUGUAGGAGCAGCUGUAGGCUUUGGAAAUGUCUGGAGAUUUCCAUAUCUCUGCUACAAAAACGGCGGGGGCGCCUUUCUAAUACCAUACUUGAUCGCUGUGGUUACCGUUGGAUUUCCAAUUAAAUUCCUGGAAGUAUCAUUAGGUCAGUUUAUGCAACAAGGUGGAAUUGGAAUGUGGAAUAUCUGUCCCUUAAUGAAAGGUGUUGCUGUAUGUACCUCCAUAUUUGCUUUUUUGGAAUUAGCGUAUUACGUCAUCAUAUUUACCUGGGUAUUAUUAUACCUCGUAUCAACGUUUUCCGAUCCGUUACCAUGGAGUAAUUGUAAUAAUACAUGGAACACGGUCAAUUGUUUUGCCGGAAGUUCUGAUAAUGGUGACAGAAUUACUGAUAACAGCACAUCUUAUAACUGGACUUAUCUAUCAGAUACUAAUAUAACCAACGUUACUGGUGUAAACCUAACUUUAAAUAUGACCAACGUUACUGGUCUAAAUCCAACUGUAAAUAGAAUAGAUCCUUCUGUUGAAUUCUGGAGGCAUUAUGUGUUAGAGAUAACGGAAGGUUUAGAUGAACCGGGUGUUAUUGUGUGGAAGUUAUUACUCUGUUUAUUAGCUAUUUAUAUUGUUGUUUAUUUCUGUACCUGGAAAGGAAUCAAAUGGAUUUCAAAAAUUGCCUAUGUAACAGCAACAGCACCAUACGUUCUGCUGACUAUACUACUUAUUAUGGGUGCGAUGAAAGAGGGAGCUGUUAAUGGCAUCAUCUUCUACCUCAAACCGGACAUUACUAAAUUGGCCCAAUUUAAGGUUUGGUAUGCGGCCUUUUCCCAGGUGUUGUUUUCUUAUGCUGUGGGUUUAAAUAUGUUACCAGCUUUAGGUAGUUAUAAUAAAUUCAACAACAAUUGUUACAGCCAUACUAUUAUCGUAGCUUUUAUCAACUCAUUUACCAGUUUAUUUUCUGGUUUUGUUAUUUUUACUCUGUUGGGUCACAUGUCAUACUUACAACAAGUACCUAUAGAUAAAGUCGCGUCUUCAGGUCCUGGGCUGGUAUUUAUUGUCUACCCACGUGCCUUGGCUGAACUUCCGGUGCCUCAACUGUGGUGUUUUGUUUUCUUCCUCAUGUUAGCAUUUAUUGGUAUAGAUUCCGCUAUUCUUAUAUUAGAAGGAUUUGCUUGUUCAGUUAUGGAUGUUUAUACCAGCCUUGCUAGGAAAAGAGAAGCCAUGAUGAUUUUAACCUGUUUAGCUACAUUUAUAAUUGGUUUACCCAUGAUAACUCAGGGUGGAAUGUACGUAUUUCAACUGGUAGAUUAUUAUUUAUUUGGUGGUAUUUUGAUGUGGUUAAUAUGUUUUAUGGAAGUUAUUGGUAUUGGUUGGAUAUACGGUGCUGACAGAUUCUACGAUAAUCUGGAACUAAUGAUGGGUUUUAGAAUUAACAUGUGGAUUAAACUAUGUUGGAUUGUCAUCACCCCUUUGACCUUAUUAAUUUUCCUUACCUAUCAAUUGGUGACGUUUGAACCAUUAGUUUAUGACAAGACGUAUGUUUAUCCGCCAUGGGGUAACGUUUUGGGUAUCUGUCUAUCUGUUAUGGUACUAAUGGUAAUACCUUGUGUUAUGGUUUACAGUCUGUUAAAGUUGGAUUCCAGACAUGGAACUACCAUAUUACAGAGAAUAAAGUACUUAUUGAGACCCAAGUUAAAAUCUCAUCAGAUCCCGGACAGUUGGGGGAGCAAAGCUUAUACGUGGACAGACACAAAUUGAAACAGUCUGUAGAUUCAAUUAUUAAAUAAAAAGUACAACUUUCUUAAACUGCCACACGUGUGUUUGGUCAGUGCGUUUAAGACAUCAUUUUGGUGACAAUGUGUGUUCAUAUAAAUUAUAUAUGAUCUUAAAACAUUAUGUUGGUGAAAUGUGUUUUUAUAAAAUAUAUAUUGACUUAAAACAUUAUGUUAGUGAAAUGUGUUUUUAUAAAAUAUAUAUUGACUUAAAACAUUAUGUUGGUGAAAUGUGUUUUUAUAAAAUAUAUAUGAUCUUAAAACAUUAUGUUGGUGAAAUGUGUGUUCAUAUGAAUUAUAAAUGAUCUUAAGAAUCUAACUUGCUAUCUUGGGAUUCAACUGCAUUUCCUGGCACAGGUUGUUCUAAACUUAAUAAUGCGGUUUGCAUGUUUGUGUGCGAGAGACCCCGUCUGUCCUGUAUCGGACAAUAUCUUCAUGGAUUACGGCCCCUGAUUGUUCGAAAAACCAUCUUUUUCGUUUGUGGACACUCUAGAUGUCACAAUGUUCAUCUGAUUUUGAUGAAACUUGAAAUACAUGUUUAUAUCCCAAAGAUCUCGGUUCAUCUCGAUAUUUGCGCAUCAUAUCGGAUCGUAACUUUCUGAAUUAUGGCCCUUGAUUGUAGGAAGAUCGCGUUUUAGCUUAUGGUCCCUCUAGAUGUCACAAUUUUUAUCCGAUUUGAAAAACCGUUUGAAUAUAUCACCUUUACACUAUAAUGAUGAUUGAGUGUAAAAGUAUGUAAUACAAAGCUUGUGGCCCCUCUAGAAGUCACAAUUUUUAUCCGAUUUUGAUGGAACUUAAAAUAUAUCUUUAUAUCCCAAAUAUCUCAGUCCCGUUCGAUAUUCGCGUAUGUCAGACCAAAACUCCCUGGAUUAUGGUCCCUGAGUUUUAGCUUGUUCUCUAUCCAUCUCGUGCAAAAUGUGGGCGUAUCUGGCCUGGUAACCGCUGGCUUCAAUUUCACUUAUUCGGUUUUCUGUCUUUUUUUACGAAAUAAUUUAAAUUUUGGAUAUAUGUGUGGAACAUGCAUAUAUUUCCUUGUCGGUCACUUUUUGCAAUCCAUUGGGGAAAAUUGACAAAAGAAACUCUCUUACCAUGAGCCCUUGUUGAUGAUUUUAAGACCCCUUUUUUAAUUUGAAUCCAUUUUUGUAUCAUUUAUUGUGUAUCCCUUGUGAAACUGAUUGGUCAUUAUAAUAACAUGAACAUGAAAUGUUAUAUUAU